GACGCUGGCGAAGUCUUCUUUUCUCGUUUACUUUACUGUUUCUUCCUUCGCUACCAAGUUUCAAUCCUCUCUCUCUCUCUUUCUCUCUCACUACCAUCUACAGAGUACAGAGUUCCUACACUACCAAGUCCACCAUUGUCACAUGAUUCACUCCCCCAUUCUUCUUAAAAACCUAAUAAGAAAACACCACUCAUCAUUGCUUUCUCCCCCAAUCGCUUGAUUAUGUGAAAACCCAAAAACAUUUUCCAAAACACAACCCCACUAAAAAACCCAUCAAUGGUUUCUCCCAAAAUCGAUUGAUUUUGAUUUUUGAGACCCAAAAACAAUUUCCAAAAACAAACCCAAAACCCCACUGAAACCAAUCAACGCUUUCUCCCAAAAUCGAUUGAUUUUGAUUUUUCAGACCCAAAAACAAUUUUCAAAAACAAACCCAAAACCCAGAACCAACCAUGUUGCCAAAAACCCAAAUGCCCUCAAUCCAAACAAUAAUCUCCGCCGCCGCCUCCGCCGCCGCCGCCGCAAUGGUGGUCCGGUCCGUGGCCAAGGACCUGAUACCCCACGAGUUCCGACACGCUCUCUUCGUCAGGCUCCGCCAGUACCUCAGCACAUUCUCCAACGAGGUCACCCUGAUCAUCGACGAGUACGAGGGGCUCUACCCCAACCACCUGUUCCAGGCCGCCGAGACCUACCUCGGCACCGUCAUCACGCCCGACACCAAGCGGUUCAGGGCGAGCAAGCCCGAGAAGGAGAACCAGAUCAAGGUGUCGAUGGAGAAGGACGAGGAGCUCACCGAUUCUUCGUUCGGCGGGUUUCGGAUCCGGUGGAGGUUGUCGUGCAAGAAAACCUCCGGGAGGUAUAUCGCGAAUCCGGACGAUUACUAUGGCGGGUCGAUUCCGAAAUCGGAGGCCCGGUUCUUCGAACUGUUUUUCCACAAGAAGAUGAAGGACAAGGUAAUCAACGAGUACUUGCCUUACAUAUUGGAGAAAUCGAAGAUCUUAAAAGAGGAGCAGAGGACACUGAAGCUAUGGACCCUAAAGAAUGACCGGGGCAUGGGGGGCCCGAGUAGAAAGCCAUGGCAAUCCGUGAAUCUGGACCAUCCAUCAACGUUUGACACUUUGGCAAUGGAAUUAGAUGCGAAGAAAACUAUAAUGGCGGAUUUGCAGAGGUUUGUGAAGAGGAAAGAAUUUUACAGGAGAGUUGGGAAGGCGUGGAAGAGAGGUUACUUGCUUUAUGGUCCCCCCGGGACUGGGAAAUCAAGCUUGAUUGCGGCCGUGGCGAAUUACUUAAACUUCGAUGUGUAUGAUUUGGAGUUGACUUCUAUGAGGAGUAAUUCCGAGCUGAGGAACCUGCUCAUUUCGACGGCAAAUCAGUCUAUUUUGGUGGUGGAGGACAUUGAUUGCUCCAUAGAGUUGCAAGAUCGGAUGAAGGCGGCAGCAAAAAAGGCGGCGGCAAAAGGUAGGGAUCCUUUCCAGUAUGGUCUCGGGCACGAUCCCGGGCCUAGCGGGGUGACCUUAUCCGGACUACUUAAUUUCAUCGACGGGUUGUGGUCAAGCUGUGGGGACGAGCGGAUUAUUAUUUUCACAACCAAUCACAAAGAAAAGCUCGACCCUGCACUACUGCGGCCCGGGCGGAUGGACGUGCAUAUCCACAUGUCCUAUUGCACACCUUGUGGGUUCAAAAUGCUUGCCCAAAAUUACCUUGGAAUUUCAGAGCAUCCACUCUUUAUGGAGAUUGAACAGUUGAUGGUCAUGAAAAAGGUGACUCCGGCAGAAGUAGGCGAGCAAUUGUUAAAGAACGAGGAGGCCGAGAGCGCGCUGAGAGGCUUAAUUGAGUUCCUUGAGGAAAAGAAGGGGAUUGAAGAAGUUAAAGAUGGUGAAUUAGAACAAGAGGAAUCUGGAUCGGAAGGUUUGACAGAGAUUGAGACUUGAGAAGGUGGGAGUUGUGAAAAAUAAGAGGUAUAUUGCUACCCAGAAAUGUACUGAACAAUAUUGUAUCAGACAAAACUAGUAUUUGAUAUAUAAUAUCCCAUCUUUAUGCUA